AUGGAGACUGUAUUCAAGCGCCGCAAGCUCGACCAUCAAGGUCAGGGUAUUCGUCACAAGGGCUUGAUUGAUUUUGAGUCCCGCGACGCUGCUCGACUGUCUACCGCAAGCACUUUUGUGCUCAAAACCGACGCGCUGCUCAAAGACACCAAGCUCGAUUACGCCGCUGCUUUCGAAGGCCUCGACAGCCAAUUACACAAAAUAAAAGGCAUCAUAGACUCGAUAGAGCCCCAGGAUGCUCAGCCUAUACACGAUGCAUCUAUCAAGUUUGAAAAGAAGCAUCGCAUCACGAUCCCCUACCCAGAACCGAAACCUACCAAAGACUCGAAUUACAAGAUAGCAUUCUCACCGCCAGCGCAAUGCAACGUUGUUGGCAGCUUCGUCGGCAAGACAUUGACCAAGUCCCAAGAGCGCCUGGGAAUCGAUAUGGUUGUCCAGAUGCCCAAGAAGCUUUUUCAAGACAAGGACUAUCUCGAUAUGCGCUACUUUUACCGACGAGCAUACUACAUCGCGUACAUUGCCGCAAAAAUCAAAGCUGACCUUGACGACAAAAUUGAUAUCCAUUACGAGCUCCUCCAUGAAAACCCUCUGCUCCCUAUUCUCGUCCUUCGUCUGCCUCGACAAGAAGCCGGCAAAUCUUCCAAGAAAUCCGCAAAGCACGAUGCCCACAUCAGACUCAUCCCCUGCGCUCCUGAAGACUUAUUUCCUUGGUCGAAACUGACCCCGAAUGCGACAAACAUCCGAAUCGACACGAUAGAUGCAAGCAAGUCGAGCCCGACGGGCACGCCGUUCUACAAUUCUACCCUCAAUGCCGAGAGAACUUUCAUCCAGUACCUCCGAGUCAUCACAAACGCCAAAAGCGAGUGUACAGCAUUCGGAGACGCCUGUGUCCUUGGCAGGAUUUGGCUUCAACAGCGAGGGUUUGGCAGCGCCAUAUCUCGAGGCGGCUUCGGACACUUUGAAUGGGCAGCUAUGAUUGCGCUGUUGCUCAAGACUGGCGGCAGAAACGGUGCCGCCGCUCUGUCCACGUCUUUGAGCGCCACCGAGCUCUUCAAGGCGGCCAUUCAGUUUCUGUCCACGACAGACUUUACCAAGAAGGCAUUUGCGUUCAAGACGGCUGCAGAGUCCAUCAAGGAGACGGGACCCGUGAUGUUCGACCCAAUCCGACAGCUCAACAUUCUGUUUAAGAUGACGCCUGGAUCGGCAAACUACCUGCAGAUGUGCGCCAAGUCUACCACUGAGCUACUCACGGACGAGGCCUCUGAAAAGUUUGACUCGACCUUCAUCACCAAAGUAGAUGUGCCGCUGCAGGUGUUCGAUGCUGUGCUCGAAAUCAAGAACCCCAACCUUGCCAAGUACGCCGCUUCACCCGAUCGUCUAAGCGAAAUCACAUCCUUUGGUCUCGAUGCUCAUAGAGUUCUGCACAAGGCUUUUGGCAAUCGCGCGCAACUAGUCCACGUCCAGCUGCCGCCAAGGAAGCAGUGGAAUCUUGCCAGUACCUGCCCGCCUGCCCCGGCUACUGUCUCGGUUGGUGUCAUCUUUGAGCUGACGCACAUGAGCAGACAAAUGGAGCAUGGUCCGUCUGCGGAAGAGCAAAAGGACGCAGCCAGAUUUCGUCAGUUUUGGGGUGACAAGGCCGAGCUGCGUCGUUUCAAGGAUGGAAGCAUUCUGGAAUGCGUCGAAUGGACGAGCAAGCUUCCUCUUGACAUUUGUCAAGAAAUUGCCCAGCACGCUCUGAGCCGCCACCUGAAGCUCGCUCAGAGCGAUGUAUGUGUUGUGGGCGAGAGUUUGGCCACCGUCAUUGAUAUUUCAAAUCUCGACAAGGCAGCAUUCGAUGCCGCGCGACGGUCUUUUCAAACACUCGAGCACGAUAUCCGCAGUCUGGACGAUUUGCCCCUGCAAAUACGCCAGCUCUCUGCCGUCUCUGCCCUCGCUCGCUACGCGUCCGUCGAGGCGCCGCUGGUCGGCUUUCACAAGGACACGGUCGAGCUCAUCGACGUCAAUCUCUACUUUGAGCAGUCGAGCAAGUGGCCGGAAAACCUGACGGCCAUCCAGGAAGCCAAGAUUGAAUUCCUCCUCGACAUUGACCGUCGGCUAACGAGCGCGCACAACAACAUCAAGACAUAUCUUGGCCGGGAAAACAAAGACAUUGGCAUCUCCAACCUUGCCUUUCUCGACAUCUUGUAUGACAGCGGCGCCGCGUUCCGUCUCCGCAUCCAUUGCGACCUUGAGGAGACGCUGCUCGAGCGACAGGUACAGAACAAGAUCCUUGACCACCACGUGCGCGAAGAGGCCGAGCAGGUCGGCCUGCGCUUCCACUGGCUCUUCGACAUCCUCCCCCUCCACACGCAGACCAUUGCUACAUACUGCACGCGUCUGCCCGCGCUCUCUCCUACCAUCCGCCUCGCCAAAGCCUGGUUCGUCGCGCACAAGCUCACCAGCCACGUCCGCCCCGAGCUCAUUGAGCUCUUUGCCCUGCACGUCUUUUUGCAGCCGUACCCCUGGGCGGCGCCAUCCUCGGUCACCACGGGCUUCCUCCGCAUGCUCGCAUUCUUGUCGCGAUGGGACUGGCGCGAACAGCCGCUCGUCCUCGACACCGCCGAGGAGCUGGCAGCGAACGAGCGCGGCGAAAUCCAGCGCACGCUGGAAACCUGGCGCCAGCGCGACCCCGGCAUGAGCCACGUCGUGCUCGUCGUCGCCACCUCGUACGAUCGCUCCGGCCUCGCCUACACGCAAGACGGCCCCAGCAAGCUCGUCGCCGCGCGCAUGACGCGCCUCGCCAAAGCCGCCUGCAAGCUGGUCCGCGACGCCGGCAGUCCGCCGCGCCUCGACGCCCGUCUACUAUUCGAGCCCGCCCUUCACGACUUUGACGUGCUCAUUCACCUUUCGAGCAAGGCGCUGCGGACGAUUGCGCGUGACACGGGCAGCGACGCCGGCGCGCCGCGCGUCUCGCAGUUUCGCAACCUCGACGGUGCGACAGGCCGAGCACCGCUGCCGGUGCGCGCGAGACCCGCGGCUGUGCUCGUCGAAGAGCUGCGGCGUGUGUACGAGGACACGCUGGUCUUCUUUCCAGGCGCUGACGACGACGACGCGACGAUUGCGGCGUUGUGGAAUCCGCGCCUGCAGCGGUCCAAGUUUCGCGCAGGCCUGCCGUACAACUUCUGCGCGGUGCCGACUAAGAAUGAUGGUGAUAAGAGCGAUGAGGAUGAUGUGGUCGAGUUGAAUCGCAAGGCAGUGCUGCUGGAGAUUGCGCGCAUCGGCGGCGCGCUAAUUAAAACGAUUGAGGUGGUGGCCAAAGAUCAAGAGUAA